AUGAGAAAGCAGUACAUCUCUUUUGGCAAUAGUGCAGACAGGUGUGAAUGUGGGCAAUUACCUUACCACCUUACCACCUACCACCUUACCACCUUACUACCUAACCACCUUACCGCCUACCACCUACCACCUUACCACCUACCACCUUACCACCUACCUCCUUACCACCUACCACCUACCACCUUACCACCUACCACCUACCGCCUUACCACCUUACCACCUACCACCUUACCACCUACCACCUUACUACCUAACCACCUUACCGCCUACCACCUACCACCUUACCACCUACCACCUUACCACCUACCACCUACCACCUUACCACCUACCACCUUACCACCUUACCACCUUACCACCUACCACCUUACCACCUUAGUACCUAACCACCUUACCGCCUACCACCUACCACCUUACCACCUUACCACCUACCUCCUUACCACCUACCACCUACCACCUUACCACCUACCACCUACCGCCUUACCACCUUACCACCUACCACCUUACCACCUACCACCUUACCACCUUACCACCUACCACUUACCACCUACCACCUUACCACCUUACCACCUACCACCUUACCACCUACCACCUACCACCUUACCACCUACCACCUUACCUUACCACCUACCACCUUACCACCUACCACCUUACCACCUACCACCUUACUACCUACCACCUUACCACCUUACCACCUACCACCUUACCACCUACCACCUUACCACCUUAGUACCUAACCACCUUACUGCCUACCACCUACCACCUUACCACCUACCACCUACCACCUUACCACCUACCACCUACCACUUACCACCUACCACCUACCACUUACCACCUACCACCUACCACCUUACCACCUACCACCUACCACCUUACCACCUUACCACCUUACCACCUACCACCUUACCACCUACCACCUUACCACCUACCACCUACCACCUUACCUUACCACCUACCACCUUACCACCUUACCACCUACCACCUUACCACCUACCACCUUACUACCUACCACCUUACCACCUUACCACCUACCACCUUACCACCUUACCCGCUGCUAGUUUUCCUCCCAGCUGA